AUGUCUCAAGUCUCAGGAAAGCAAGAUCCUAUCAAAGGUAAGAUUGAGAAGACUCCGCUUGGAGUUAAGGUCAUGGGUUUGAAUGCGCAGUCUUCCGCUCAAUCCAAGAAGGCUUCUGCAACGAAGGAUUCAAGAGCCCCUGCUAGAAAGCACUACAAGUCAAGUGCCAAAACCAUGAACAUUCCUGAAGAACCAGUGGUUGAGGACGUUUCCAACGAAGAUUCCUCUACUAAUGAUGAGCCCGAUGUUGAAGCAUCCGUUCCUCAAACUGAAGUUCUUGUUCCUGAUGUGCCUGAUAAGGAGAAUUCACCAUCUCAGGAUUCUUCUUCUUCGUCUAAGUACUUUGAACCAGAUAAUGAAGGCCACAAGGAGGUCUCUUCAGAGGAGUCUAGCAAAGCCCCACCAUCUAUUCAUGAAAUCUCAGAUGCUGAUGACUCAGAUGAUGUUCCUCAGGCAAGUGUUGCUGCAAGGAUGAAGAAGAGAAGAAGGGUUCCUGUUGAAGAAACCCCCUCUGUUUCUCAGAAGAAGGCUAAAUCGACUCCUGCCACUCAUUCUUCAAGGCAUGUGGAUAUGAAGAGCACGGGUAAACAAGAGUCUGUGGAGUCUUCACACAAGAAGGUGAAGAAAACUGCUGAGAAGAAGAAAAAGAUUCCCAGGGUUGAUCUGGAAUCUGAGUCUGAUGUUGAAGCUGAUUGGAAGUAUGUUUGCAUCCGCCGGAUUGCAAAGGAAAGGGAGAUUGGCACGGAUGUGCUUGAAUGUAAGGAGAUUGUUGCUCUCAUUGACAGGGCAGGUCUGAGGAAGACAGUCCUUGAUAUUGGAAAGUGUUAUGAGAGGCUGGUGAAGGAAUUCCUAGUCAAUUUAUCAGAUGAUGUUGGCAUUCCUAGAAGUGCUGAGUACAGGAAAAUGUAUGUGCGAGGGAGGUGUGUAACCUUCUCCGCUGCUGUGAUCAACCAAGCACUUGGGAGAAGUGUUGUGGAGUUUGUAGAGGAAGAGCUGUCCUUGGACAUAGUUGCCAAGAAACUUACUGCUGGGCAAGUAAAGAAAUGGCCUACUAAAAAGCUUUUAUCUACUGGGUUUCUGAGUGUGAAGUAUGUCAUCCUUAACAGGAUUGGAGUGGUGAAUUGGAUUCCCUCUCACCAUACUUCUGCUAUCUCUGCUAUUCUGGCCAAACUAAUCUACAGGAUUGGGACUGAGAUCCCCUUUGACUUUGGCUCUUUGGUGUUCACUCAAACCUUAAAGCAUGCAGAGACUUGUGCUGUAAAGCUGCCCAUUUCAUUCCCCUCUCUCUUGACUGCCAUCAUCUUGAAGCAACAUCCUGAUAUACUCAGAAUGGAUGAUGUGGUUGUGUCCAAGGGUGCCCCCAUCACCUUGGAUCAUCGGUUGUUCCUGGAUCCUCAUGUCCUGGACAUUGAUAUGUCAUCUCGCAGGACAUCAAUUCCUGUCUCAAUGUAUGCUUCUGGAACUAAGAUUGUUAUUGCUAAAUUGGAGGAUCUCUCAAAGGAGCUGCAGGAGUCCAUCAAGAUUACUACUGAGAGGAAGCUGAAAGUGGAUGCCUUGCUUCUCAAGCUUAAAGGGGAAGCAUGUCACGAAGAUGAGCCCAGAGGUGCUGCUGUAGAGGAGGAAGGAUCCGAAGAAAUUGCAGAGGAGGACUCUUCUUCUGAAGUUUAA